ACCUGCAGUGCCAGUGUUACACUUAUUUUCAGAGAUCUACUAAGGCCUUCCAUUCUCUGACUAUUUACUGCUAUUUACAUAGCGAUUGAUAUUAUUUAUUAAGUUAAUUGAGACGAAAUGGCCAUUAUUUCCCCACAAAAAGUGAGAGAAAAUAAAAACAUGUAAUUUACUGGUUUAAAUUGUAAUACCGCUCAAUCAGAAACUGUUCUAGUUGCAUGUUGACGUUGUUGUUAUUCUUAUAAAACAGAAAAAAUAUUUCAAAUCGGUUUGGAAUAUUAUUGAUAUUUUAAAUUUUUUUCAACAACAAAAAUAACAUUUAGUAAAAUAUUGAAAAAAGUUCAAGAUAAUUUAAAAUGGAUGUUAUUGAGUUUUUUUGUAAUAAGUGCUGGAGUCCAAUGAAAGGUUCAAAAUAUGCAUUUUCCAUCACCGAGUGUGGGCAUAUUUUUUGCCAAAAAUGUAUGAAAAAAGCUGGUAAUUCAUGUGCUAAAUGUAAACUAACUGCAGUUAAAUCUUUGGUUUUAAAUCAGCCACUUUGUGCAUCAGUUUCAACACUCUUCAACCCUCUUGUUGAAACAGUUAAUCAACUUGGAGCAUCAACUAAAUUUCAAUUAGGACAGUACCAUAGUCUUAUUGAACGUUACAAAGAAUUAGAGAAAAAAUAUGAAACAUCAAAAAAGUCAUAUUGGCAGUUGAUGCAUCACUUAAAACAGAUUAAUGCAGAUAAAGAAAAAUACAAAACCAAGUUGUCAGAAAAACAAAGACAAAGAAACUAUCAGCCAGGUAAUACCACCAUAUCUCAAGAUUAUGGAUCACCAUUGCAACCUUAUGACAAAAAGUUCACCAAUGGAUUUCCAUAUUCACCACCAAGUACUUUUCGGGGAUCAGUUGAAGACACACCAUGCUCAUCACGUGCGAGUUCAAAUCAAAAUUUCAAGACUCCAGAAUCUUUUAAUUCUGCAUCAACAAUCCAAGGAAGCAGCUGUACUCAGUCACACAUUACCCCUGAUGGUUUUAGAAUCCCACUAAGUACCAGAGUACCCAAAUCAGCUGGUAGAUAUUCAGUAGUUUCUUCAGAAUCGUCUAAUCUUACUCUACCAUUCAGAAAUUUCAAACCCUUUGGUUCUUCCAAUUUCUUUCGUCAACAAUGAUGCAUACUGGAAUUGGUUUUUUUUACCUUGAAUUGCUAAUUGUUUUUGAAUUUUUCUAAGUUUGAACAAAAAAAAACAAUCGAAUUAAUUAAACAUUUCAUUCCAUGAAAAACAUUAACAGAGUAAAAUCGAUAAAUAUUAUUAUUUGUUUAUUUAUUUUUUAGUUUUUUAAAUUUAAUUUCAUAAAAACAAAUUUAAUCCAUAAAUUAGUAAAAAUAAUAAUUUGGGAAUUAUAAAUAUUACCCAAUAAUAAAAAUUUAAGUUUUUUUUUUGUUCUAUUUAAAAAUUAUUAUUAUUUCCAUUGUUCUUUUUUGUAUAAUUGUUAUUGUUUAUAUAAUAUAUAAUAAACUUUUUAAUUGAUAUUUAA